UGCUCGGUGACCUGUUGGGUCAAGCGACUCAGGAAGUUGAUAUAAAAAAACUGACGAAAUGCAGAAUCAAGAAAAAGCUUUAGAGCUCAGUCUAGAGGCAAUGAUAAGCAGAGUACAAGAUUUAAAGAAUUCAAUCACACAAUUUAUAAUGAAGCUUGAACAUGAACACGAAACUUUAGACUGGCCUUCUGUUCUUGACAGUUUUGCAAUUAUCUCAAGUCAGAUUAAUACACUGAAUAAAGUUCUUAAAAGUGAAAAGACCCCACCAUUGAGAAAUUUCAUAUUAUUGCCGUUAGUAUUAGCUCCUGAAAGAGAUGAAGAUCUGGAGAAAUUGACUGAGGGAAGAGUACCUGCGUUUAAUCAUGAAGUUGUACCAAAUUAUCUAAGAACAAAAGCUGAACCUGAUAUAGAAGAAAAAGAACAACAGUUAAUGACCCAAGCAUCACAGUUAACACCGGAAAUGAUCCAGCAACAGAUAACUAAUUGUAACAGACUAGCAAAUAAAGUGAUAGAGAUUGUGGGUAAUGCCAGGGAUGAGUGGGAUGUAGAUGACUCAGGAAUAAGAGGUAUGUCAGGCAUAAAUACGAGUCAACCAGCAGACACCAACGCUCUGAUUACUGCAGUUAGCUUUGGCAAAGGACUGAAAAUACGACCAGUACAGCAGGCACCAUUACAACAACCAUCACUCCAGCCAAGACAGGAUGUACAAGGUAAAGCACCAAGCAGCAUUAAGACAAAUAUAAAACCCAGUAUUCAUCCAUAUACCCAACCUGGAAGGCCUGGACAAAGACCUACAAUGUCUUAAGCUGGUAUGCUCAGACAAAGACGCAAAAUGCCUUGAUACAACAAACUGGUAUGCCCAGACAAAGACAAAGAAUGCCUUGAUACAACAAACUGGUAUGUCCAGAAAAAGACGCAGAAUGCCUUGAUACAACAAACUGGUAUGCCCAGACAAAGACGCAGAAUGCCUUGAUACAACAAACUGGUAUGCUCAGACAAAGACGCAAAAUGCCUUGAUACAACAAACUGGUAUGUCCAGAAAAAGACGCAGAAUGCCUUGAUACAACAAACUGGUAUGUCCAGAAAAAGACGCAGAAUGCCUUGAUACAACAAACUGGUAUGCCCAGACAAAGACGCAGAAUGCCUUGAUACAACAAACUGGUAUGCUCAGACAAAGACACAGAAUGCCUUGAUACAACAAACUGGUAUGCCCAGACAAAGACACAGAAUGCCUUGAUAGAACAUACUGGUAUGCCCAGAGAAAGCCGCGACUUGCCCUGACAAUACACACAAUACUGUGAAAAUGCAAUCUGAUAGACACAGGGAGUACCUUUGAGACUGUAGAACCAAUAUACACUCACUGGUUUCUUGGGGGUGGGGGGGACCUCUACACAAGGAAUCUCGCACUUGUGGUUAUAUAGACAAUACAAGCUGGUAGAGCCUAUUUCAUCAUCAUGGCAUCAUUCAACAGGUUAAGGUACCCAGUAUGAUAAGUUAUUGAUAGAUGCAAGAUCACAAGACCCAACUGCCUUUAUAUUGUGAGAUGCAGUGGCUAGAAGUUAUUCAUAAUGAAUUUGUUCUAUAUUGUUGGUUUUCUACUGAAAUUCUAAAAGGCUGUUUGCUCCACAUCUGUGUGAAGAACCAUGGGCAGCAAUUAUAAUCACUAAUUUGGAUACAUCUUUUUUUUUUUCAUUAACAUUCUAAAAGCUUGUUUCCUUCAUAUUUAGAUCAUAUGUAGUGUUUCCUAGAAGCCAAUAUAUUGAGAUUUCAACCCAUGGUUGUCAUUAAAGUGUAAUGAAAAGCACACAAUAUUUUUACUCACUUUCUUUACUUGAUCCGCAUUUUGGCAUUUGUUUAAU